CGGAAGAUGACUCGUCACUGUUGUUGUGGAUCGCUGACAGGCACGUGAGAAGUGCUAGUGCUACGUCGUCUAUUUAGCAGUCGACAUGGCGGCCACAACUCCUCCCAAGGUGGUAUUUGAACAUGAGGGAGUUUUUAUACACUCAUCUCCUGAUGAAUGUGACGAUCAGGAUUUAAUAUCAGGGAUCCUCAGGAUUACUGAUAAGGAUGGAGAAACUCUUGUGGAAUAUAAACCAUUGGAGGAUGCAGAUCCCUCAAACAUGCUGUGUGCCUGCAAGGACUCCAAUUCAGUAGUGGAGUGGACUCAGAGUUCUGAAAACAAACCUCAUCGACCUGUUGACCAUCAGCUGAGCUAUGAAACAGAAUGGGACAUGAUCAAUGCUGUCUCAUUCAGGAGGAAAGCUCAUAGUCAUGGAGAAGGUGGAUCAAACCACGUAAAUGACCGCAACAAAUGGGCCUUCUCUUUCAACGUGUCUGACCUCAGGUCCAUCACAGUUAAACGGGAGGGCUGGUCAUACCUUAUUUUCAGCUUGAAAGAUGGCACAGCACUGCCAACAAUUCACUUCCACCAGGGAGGGAGCACAGCGUUUCUGGAUAGCCUGAGGAAAUCAGUUCAGAUCAGCGAGAGCCCUGAUGAUGAAAGCAUUCUGUUUGUCAGCACCUUUAGCAAAGCUUUCUCACAGUCUUUUGAGAACCUUUUGGAUGAUGUAAACUAUGGUAUUGUAAAGAAAUUCAGGAAGGAUCCCUAUACAACGACAGUAGGUGGCUUUUCCAAAGUCACCAAUUACAUCUUUGAUGCGUUUCGGGUGCCGGAUUCAGAGUGUCACCAGCGACCUGCAGAGGAGGUUGCUGACCCGAUGGGAGAGCUCAUUCCUGGACUAGAGAUUAACCAACAGGAGGAACCUGGCUUUGAAGUCAUAACCAGACCUGAUCUGGGGCCGCGACCAGAAGUGCAGAGGAAGGGGCCUGUUACAAUGGAAGAAUGGACCAAGUACCAAGACUCAGAAGGAAGAAUGAAAAACGUUUCUCUCAUAAAGGAGCUCAUUUUUAAAGGGGGUCUUUGUCAUGCAGUGAGGAAAGAGGCUUGGAAGUUUUUGCUUAGCUAUUUCCCCUGGAACAGCACCCAUGAAGAAAGAAAAGACCUCCAGAAGAGAAAAACAGACGAAUACUUCAGAAUGAAACUGCAGUGGAAAUCAGUCAGUGAGGAACAGGAACGCAGAAACUCUAGAUUACGAGAUUACAGGAGCCUUAUUGAAAAAGAUGUGAACCGGACCGACCGCAAUAACAAGUUUUAUGAAGGCUUGGACAAUCCCGGCUUGAUAUUACUACAUGACAUUCUGAUGACCUACUGCAUGUACGACUUUGAUUUAGGUUACGUGCAGGGCAUGAGUGACCUGCUCUCUCCCAUUCUCGUUGUUAUGGAAAACGAAGUUGAUGCCUUCUGGUGCUUUGUUUCUCUCAUGGAUGAGAUGCAUGAAAACUUUGAGGAACAGAUGCAGGGAAUGAAGACCCAGCUGACUCAGCUCAGCACGUUGCUACGCCUUCUAGACCUGGCCUUCUGGAACUACCUCGAGGCACAGGAUUCUGGUUACUUGUAUUUCUGUUUUCGAUGGUUGUUGAUCCGAUUUAAGAGAGAGCUGCAUUUUCAAGACGUCCUUCGCCUUUGGGAGGUCAUGUGGACCGGACUGCCUUGCCAAAAUUUUCACCUUCUGGUGUGCUGUGCCAUCUUAGACUCUGAGAAACAAAAAAUAAUGGACAGAAAAUAUGGAUUCAAUGAAAUCCUAAAGCACAUAAAUGAACUCUCUAUGAAAUUGGACAUAGAAGAAAUUCUCGGUAAAUCUGAGUCUAUCUGUAUGCAGAUAAAGAAUUGCAAGAACCUACCCCACUCAGUGAGUGAGAUGCUGGGUCUCACCACAGCCACUGAAAGCUCAGCAGCAUUAGAAACCAGUGAAUACGGAAUUCUUGAGUCACCAAGAUCCACACAUGGACAAGAUCAGGUCGUGUCCAAUGGCCACAGUCACUUAAAAGAAACGACACACAAUGGCUGCAAAGUAGCCUUCAUUUCCUAGUGUACAGUGUAGUACAGAUUUUAUAGCCCCGUAUUUCAGAAAGAUGAACAGUAUUGGGUAUCGUGUAGAUAUUUGCUACCAAAUGAUGCUACAUUGUAAAAUAUCCCAGAGAAAAUAUAUGAAUGUAAAACUAGGAUCUCAACGGAUCCUAAACAUUAUUUUUGUAAUAUUCUUGUACCAUAUUGUCUUUCAUUGAAAUAAUCAUUCCUUCUCAAUGUAUAGAGAGAGUUUUCAUAAUGAGGUGGGGUUUCCAUUGUUAAAUAUUAAAAUAUUUUUUUCUUA